AUGGAUAGUAUGGAAGAUAUGCAGGUUUGUUUAGGGAAAAAUGGUCACGAUAUGAAAAACGGUUCGAAUGAAGAUAGUAAUGACAAUAUUAAGGCGAAACGAGGGCCAAAGUACGGCAACUUGGAAGGCCGGCGCACCAUCGCUACGCCGCCAUUGCAAUUCGACUCAACUUUUCCUUGUCAAAAGUGUCCAUCCUUUCAAACUCAAGUUGGAACCCUUCAGAAAAACCGGCCUUUCAAGGAGAGCUCACAAUUCAGGAUGGAUGAUCCUUCAUCUGUGCUGAAGGAUCCAAUAAAUCCGCAUUUUCCGCUGGGUUCUACGACUUACCGGAGUUUUAAUGUAUUUGAAGCACCGAUAGAUCCGAUGCGACAACCAAGUGAUAUCCUCGCCCCUGUAUUGCCUCCUCCAUCAUCAUCCUGUACUGGCUUCCGCUCCUCCACUCCUUCUUCUCCUCGUCUUAAUGUUCUGGUUUCCAGAGUUCUCACUCCCCCCCCUAGUACAGAGGACGCCUGUAAAGAGGAUGCCACUCUCUCGAAUUGGUCUGCUUACCAGCCGAUGCGACAACUGGUAUCCAACGUUCUACCAGACUUUUCUGAAACGGAAACACCUACCACUCCGGUAUGGCGGAAUGAAUGUUUUGCUUCCACCUCCAGAGACCAUCUAUAUCCAAAUGUCCGCUGCCUCGAGAGGCCUCGGGAGAGGGAGAAUUUGGGCCACGGUCACAGUAGUCUAGAGAAGUUUGGCAGAGAAGCGAAGACUUCUAUUGAGAAUGGCGUAGAGGAUAAUGGAACUUACAGGACAAAUGAUGACUCUCUUGAGGCGGCAGACUGCCAUUACAGAAGUCAUUUUGUGCCCAGUCAGCAACGGUUACAGCCUAAAUCGGCCACUUUUGAGUCAUUCGCUUCUCACUCGCGUUUUAGAGAGGAGCAUUUAGCUUUUGAUUACUCUCCUGUUACAUGCUUUUUUACCAACCAACAUGGGAUUCUACCCUCAAACACAAGGCCUCAAGCCAUCAUGCGAUCCUACCUUUCGGGAAAAGAAGAUUUGCUUUUUGAUCCGAAAAGUGAACAUUUGCCUGACUCGAGGCCAGAAGUAUCAGAAUUAUGUUCAUCUGCAGAAAAGCAUGCAAUUGAGCGCGCAUCAACUCACGGAUUUGAUCCUACAAUCUUUCAACCCUGCAUCAAUCUACUUUUCUCCAACAAUCCGUCCAUAGGUCCCAGCCAUCCCAGCAUUACGCUACCUUCCUCUUGCGACAUUACAUGCCCACCUUUUGUGUGCUGCUAUGAUGAUGGCACGAUCGUUGACUCAAUGAUACCAUCUGAUGGCCUCCGACUAGCGACACGAUGCAACGUCCCAACUUCACAUCGGCUGCACACCGUCCCUUAUCACCCGUCGCUGUCCACUCCUCAAAACCCUGUUCAAACGACCCUUGAAAGUGCCCACUUUGCGGCCUUUUUUGGCUUGCCCUGCUUGAAAGAUACAGGUUCAUGA